UAUAAUAAAACAAUCAAAAAAACCCCGAGACUUUCACAUACAAAACACGCAAGAAUCUCUCAACCGUAGCUUCAACAUUUGAAUCUCACAAUCCCUUUCAAUCUAGAAAACACUAGCCACAAGACAACACUCAUGGAGGCAGCCAGAGCCACCGGAAUCCGCCUGAUUGUGGUGGCUCUGCUCAUCUCUGCGGCCGCCGCGACCGGCGGCGCUUACACCAACCACACCGUUGGCGGGGCCGCCGGUUGGCUUUUCAACUCCGCCACGAACGAGACUUCAGCUGACUAUAGAGCUUGGGCUGCUAACCAGACUUUCAAUCUUGGGGACUAUCUCAUUUUCAACACCAACACGAACCACACCGUAAUCCAAACCUACAACAAGACCACAUUCGAAAGUUGCUUGAUAGACGAUGCUUUGGACUCCGACACUUUCCAAUACUCGGGCGGCCACGAUGAAUUCGGGAACUUGACCACAAUAGCCGUGCCUUUGACUAUUGAAGGCACUCAAUACUACUUCUCGGAUGCCGAGGAUGGGGAGGAGUGUCUUCACGGAAUGGCCUUCGAGAUCACGGUGGCCCACGGGCUCGGUCUUCCACCGAGCCUCAACCAGCCGCCGCCUCCGGCGUACGUGCCGCCGCCGGAGACGGCUGAGGAGGGCCAAUCGCCGCCAGUCACGGUGGUGGCUGGCCGGCCGGCCGGUGGGGUGAGGGGUUGUGCUGAGGUCAGCUUUCUUGGGUUGGUUUUGGGGGUGGUUGGUGUGAGCUGGUUGUUGGCAUGAGGGGAAGAGGGUAUAUUUGUCAAUUUAUAAGAUUGAGANGUAGAAUUUUGGGAGAGAAUUUUUGUGUAUGCUGUUUGGGGGAGACUAACAAAAAGGGAAAAUGAUGAGUUUUCUAAUUUGAAAUAUUUAUGUUUAUUUGACCAUUUUAUAUGUUUACUAUAUA